GCUUGAUGAAGCGUUAUUAUAUUCGCCGCUGUCAAUUGUUUUUUUAUACUGCAUAUGAAUUUGUUAGCAUUUGUUUGUGCAAAUAGUUGUUAAAUUAAGUUUUUUUAAUUAGAUGUAACAAGUGACGAUUUAAUUUAAUUAUCAGCCUAAAUUAGUUGUAAUAAACAAAAAUAAAAACAGUAUUUUUGGUAGAGACGACCAUACAAAAGUUCAAAAACAAAUAUAAUUUUAAAGGCGCCAAGAUGACAACGCGGCGAAGACCAAUGGCUAGACAAAGCGCAGGAAAUGAGACUACAGAACGUAGAUCCUCGGCAGCAAAUACGUCCAAGCAAUCGUUGGUUAGUGCUAAGACCAAUACAGCAAACAGUGGACAGAGUGAAAAUAUGCCAGAGCAGCCCAUGGCUGGAGAUCCAUUCGACGAUGCGAAUAUUUCUGAUGAUGAAGAGGGAGGCACUCGUAUUGGAGAUAUUUAUAUACCGCCACCUAUACCACCUCACUGCUCCACAGAGAGUAAGGGUCCCCGUUUAAUAAUCAGAAAAAUUGAAAAUAACAAUUUCAAAAGUUAUGCCGGUAAAGUUAUUCUAGGACCCUUCCAUCAUUGUUUUACCGCCAUUAUAGGUCCAAAUGGCAGUGGUAAGAGUAAUGUUAUAGAUUCCAUGUUAUUUGUAUUCGGUUAUCGUGCCAAUAAAAUUCGUUGCAAAAAAAUUUCCACCCUUUUGCACAAUUCCGCUAGAUAUCCCAAUAUAAACAUGUGCUCUGUAGCAGUGCAUUUUCGCCAGAUCGAGGACAAGGAUGAUGGCACAUGUGAAGAAGUGCCCAACAGUGAUAUUAUAGUCGAAAGAACAGCCUUCAGAGACAAUUCGUCAUACUAUACUAUCAAUGGCAAAAGGGUACAAUUCAAAGAAGUGGCUAAACUGCUGAAAAAGCAUCAUGUAGAUUUAGAUCACAAUAGAUUUUUGAUUUUACAGGGUGAAGUUGAAUCUAUUGCUAUGAUGAAACCCAAGGGACAAACCGAGGCAGAAUGUGGCAUGCUGGAAUAUUUAGAAGAUAUUGUGGGCACCACACGCUACAAAGAACCUUUGGUUAAAAUAAACGAACGCGUCGAGCAAUUGACAGAGGAGCGUACAGAAAAACACAAUCGCUGCAAGUUGGCCGAAAGGGAAAUGAAUGAUUUGGAACAACCCUAUAACGAGGCUGUCGAAUAUUUAAGACAAGAAAAUGAAAAUACCCGUACAAAAAAUCUAAGAAUACAAAAAUAUCUCAGUGAAAAGAAUAAGAAGCUGCAAGAAUAUACAAAACAACAUGAUGAGAUAAUGGCCGAAUUAAAAGAACACGAAACUGAAGUGGAUUCAUUGAAAAAGGAAAGGGAGGAAAAAGAAAGCCAAGUGCAAAAGGAAAUGCAAAAUCACGAAAACAUGCGCAAGAAAAAGGAAGAUAUAGAAAAGAAACUUGAAAAAUCCAAUAGUAAAUUUGCAGAAGUACAAGAAACAAUGACAAUUUUAAACAAACGUCGACAUCAUAAUAAAACUCAAACUACCCAAAGUGAAAAUCAAUUGGAGGAGCUGCGAAAAGUGCCCGAAAAAAAUGCAAAAGAAAUUGAGGAAUGUGAAAAGAAACUUGAACGUCUAGUUAAGCAGAAAGCUGAACUGGAGGAGGAACUGCAGAAUAACUAUACUGUCUUAAAAGAACAAACUAAGCCUCUCAUAGAAGAGCGUGAAAAACUCGAAACCGAAUUGAUGGAAUUGAAAAAUAAUGUCGACGAGGCUAAAGCAGAAUUGGCUCUAUCAGAAUCAGAAUUAAAGAUUCUAAAGCAUGAUGAAACCGCCGAAGUGCGUAAAUAUGAGAGUAUGAAGGGAUCAUAUGAAGAAUCGGAACAAAGUUUACAAGAGAAAAAAGCGAAGGUUGAAGAAUUAAAGGAACGCAUGCCACAAAUGAAACAGGAGGUGUUGGAAAAAACACAACAACUGAAAAAACUUCAACAGGAAGAGGAACAAUUAAGAACACAAAUAAUGACAAUCAAAGCAGAGAUAAAUGAAAAAACCGUAAGCAUGCAGGCGAUGCGUUCCAACAACAAAGUGUUAGAUUUCUUGAUGCGUCAAAAAGCUGAGGGUAAAAUACCGGGUAUAUUGGGACGUUUGGGCGAUUUAGGUGGCAUCGAUAGUAAAUAUGAUGUUGCUAUCUCUACAGCUUGCGGACGUCUCGACAAUAUUGUUGUAGAUACAGUGAAUACUGCUCAGGAAUGUAUUGAACAUUUAAAACGUUACGAUGUGGGCCGUGCCUCAUUUAUUGCCCUGGAAAAGGUGGAACAUUUAAGAAAUCAAUGUGGACCUAUACACACUCCUGAAAAUUCAUCACGUCUUUUCGAUUUGGUGCGUGUAGAGGAUAAUCGAGUUACCCCUGCCUUUUAUUUUGCAUUGCGCAAUACAUUAGUGGCUAAUGAUUUGGAACAAGGCACCCGCAUUGCUUACGGCGCAAAACGUUUUCGUGUUGUUACACUUAAUGGUGAUGUAAUUGAGACCUCUGGUACCAUGUCUGGUGGUGGGCGCACACAAAUUCGUGGUAAAAUGGGCACAAAGGUCCGCACCAAUACAAGCAAAUCAGCCGAAACUUCAAUGAUUUCACAAAAGGCUCUCGAAGACAUGCAAAUAAAGGCCCAAGAAUUGCAAUCUCAAAUCAAUUUUAAUCAAGAGGAACAGGGACGCCUUGAGCGCGAAAUUUAUCAGCUGAAUACAACUCAACAGCGCAACGAGGCAGAAAUUCAAAAACUAUUAAUCUCAAUAAAAAGUUUGGAAGAACAGUUGCCGCGUAUAUUCAAACAAUUGGAGGCUCAGAAGAAAAGAAUGCAAGAUACAACCACCGAUCAAGGCAAAGUUAAAUCCAUUGAGGAAUCGAUAGUUAAGAAAAAGGAAACACUCAAAGAAGCAGAAGAAGCUGCAGUUCAAGUAAAUGAACAAAUUGCUGCAAUUAAAUCGAAAAUUGACGCAGUACAUGGAGAUAAAAUCAAGGCGGUGCAAACUAAAAUAAACAGCCUUGAAAAUCAGAUUAAGAAAUUAAAGGCAAACAUUUCAAAAUUAAAAGUAGAAUCGACAAAUAAUGAACGUAAUGUUGCUAAACUUGAACAGCAGAUCGAACGUUUAAAGGCAGACGUGCUAAAAGCCCAAGACGAAUUGAAGUUGCUCAGUGAGAAGCGUCAGCAGUUUGAUGAUGAUAUAACUGCCCUAACUAAAGAGCUGGAAGAAGCAAAAGAGGCAAUCGAUAAGGCUAAAUCAGAAUUUUCAGGAGUGCACAAAGAAAUAACGGCAAUACAAAAGAAGGAAAGUGAUUUAAAACUUAAACGUAUUGAAAUUGAUCAAAAAUUACAAACAGUAGCAUCGAAACUAUCUGAUGUCAAAGCCCAAAUACCUCAUUGGCGUGAGCAAUUGAAACCACUACGUUUACAUGAAAUACCGGGUGAUUCAGAACCUCAGACACCUUUGAAAACAUAUACGGAAGAAGAACUGGCCACACACACAUUGCAAGAUAUCCAAUACAAGGAGAGUGUGCAAGAAGAAUUAUUAAAAAAGAAACCAAAUCUGUCGUGCAUCUCCGAAUAUAUCGAGAAACGAGAUGUGUAUCUGGAGAGAGUAAAGGUAUUGGAAGACAUCACCUGUAAACGUAACGAAAUGAGACAGCUGUAUGAUGAUGUCCGCAAGAAGCGUUACAACGAAUUUAUGCAGGGUUUCCAUAUUAUUACCAGAAAACUUAAAGAAAUGUAUCAAAUGAUUACACAGGGUGGUGAUGCUGAACUCGAAUUAGUCGAUUCCAUGGAUCCCUUCACCGAAGGUGUAUCCUUCAGUGUCAGACCUCCUAAGAAAACCUGGAAGAACAUAUCAAACCUGUCGGGUGGUGAGAAAACACUUUCUUCAUUGGCUUUGGUAUUUGCUCUACAUUACUACAAACCUUCGCCGCUGUACUUUAUGGAUGAAAUCGACGCGGCUUUAGAUUUUAAAAAUAUAUCAAUUGUGGCCCAUUACAUUAAGGAGAGAACGAAAAAUGCUCAAUUUAUUAUCAUUUCUCUGCGCUCGAACAUGUUUGAAUUGUCUGAUUACUUGGUGGGCAUAUACAAAGUUAAAGAUUGCACAGAUUCAGUGUGCAUUCAAAACGAACCACCUAAAAUGCCACUAAUGGAAACACAACAACUUCAAAAUCAGACCCAAACACAAGCAUUACAUUCCCAACCAGCCCAUAUGCUUGUGGGAACUGCAGCAGAUCUUUCUAACCUGACAGCUGUGCAACCCUCACAAGCACUGGCCGAUAAGUCUGUGAGCCUUAAUGACUCUAUAGAUGCUUCCCCACCGCCAAGUGCUUCAGCACAAAAAGCUAUUCCCAGUAGCCAGCAAGAAAAUAACGAAAAUUCUGAAUCUGCCGCCAACGUCUUGUCCCAGUCAGCACCCCGCCCCAGUAACAAUUCAACAUUUGCUCCCCAGGGAGAAAGUACCGGUGUAACGUCUUCUCAACUUUCAUGUGAUGGUCGUUCCAGUGCUAAUAUGACUUUCAUACCUCAAGGCGAAAGUACGGCUUUGUCACAGACUCUUCAAAUGGAUGUAACACAAAAUGCUACAUUUACCGACAGUCAGUUCAAGAAACCCCUGCCACCUGUAACCUCCAACUGAUGUUUGUUAUUGUUUAUUAUUUUUAAAUGUCUCCCAUUGACUGGGUUCAGCAGGUGUAUUUUACAAUAUUACAUUUUAUGGCCAUAUAUUUGUAUCUGUCAUAUUUCAUAUUAAUACAAGACAAUCAUUCACUUAUUGAAUGACCUGACCACACACAUACACACUCACAACUCAACCACUAUUACAUAUUAUUAUUUAAGCGUUUUAUAUAUUUAAUUUUUUAACAUGCUCAUACAUUUUUGAAAAAUUAAUAAUUAACUAUUUUUCUUUUUUUUACAUUCUUAAACAUUGAUCAUUUAUUAUUUAGAAGAACCAUAACUAAUAAAAAAAAUUAUAGAACACAUAAGAAAUGGAGUACUUUUGACC